GAGCGGGGAUAGAGCGAAGAGAGAGAGCAGGGAGAGCGGGGAGAGAGCGUGAGGGGAGAGCGAAGAGAGAGAGAGCGAAGGGAGAGAGCGUGAGGGGGGCGAGUGAGGGGAGUGUGAGGGGCUGGAGCCGUCCGAGGGGUUUCGGCCUCGUGGCGGAAUGCGCCGCGCGGUGCCCGGGACGCGGCGCGGGGCGCGAGGGGAGCCGCUGAGUUCCCGCCAUGGGAAUGUGGACAGCUCAGAAGAGGACGACUCAAGCUCCGAGAGUGAGGAGGAGAAUGUGGUUUUCUCACCCAAGGUGGAGCGGCAGUUUUACCGAACGCUGUCGCUGCUGAAGAAGCGAGACCCCCGAGUCUACGAGCAGAGCGAGCGCUUCUACGAUGAUGAGGCGGAGGAUGAGGACAAUGACACGAAGGCCGAUACCGCAGAGAGGAACUCCAAGCGUGCAGAGCGAACUCCCCUGUACAUCCAUGACUACGAGAGGAAAAUCAUCCUGGAGCAACAAGGGAAAUACAAAGACGAAGAAGAUGAGGAUGACGAUGCUGAUGAAGUCAUGAAGCAGAGAAGCGCCUCGCCCACCUACAUCGAGGAACAGAAGCAGCUGAAAGCCAGCUUCAAAAAGUUCAUAGAUGACAGCGACGACGACGACGAAGACGACGACGAUGCUGGUGGAGGUGGAGAUGAUGAAGAAGCAGGAGGAGGAGGAGGAGGAUUCCUGAAGAAACGCGUCAAGAGCAAUGAGGAGAAGGAGGAAGAGGAGCUUGAUUACCGAUUGUGGCUGAAAGGCCAAGCCGAGCAGGCGGAAGGAGUGGAGGACAUGGACUUCCUGCACACCUACUGGAAUGACCCGAGUCUGGACGAGGGCGAGAGAUUCCUCAAGGACUACGUCCUCAACCGCAAGUACAUCGACCGCGACAGCCGCGGUGACGACGGCGGCGGCGGCAGCGGUGACAGUGAUGACGGUGGUGGUGACCGACAGCAAGGAACACGCAAGAAGCAGCAGGAGCAACAGGAGGAGGAGGCUGGUGCCGACUCUGAGUGCGAGCAGCAGGAGGAGGGAGAGGAGGGGGAGGAGGGAGAGGAGGGAGAGGAGGGGGAGGAGGCCUUCCUCAAGAAGCAGGAGGACUUUGAGAGGAAGUUCAACUUCCGCUUUGAGGAGCCGGACGCUCACCUGAUCAAGUCCCACCCCCGUGCCGUCGCCGCGUCUGUGCGUCGCGCCGACGAGCGUCGCAAGGAGCGCCGGGCCGCUGUGAAGGCACGCAAAGAGGAGGAGGGACGCCGCCGGCUGGGGCAGGUGGUGCGUCUGCGCUCACUCAAGCGGCGAGCUGUGGAGGAUCGUCUCCGCACGAUCCACGCGGCGUCGGCCAACGCGCGGGUCGGCUCCGAAGGGAAUGCACUGCUCCACGGGGACUUUGACCCGGAGGCCCACGACGCCAUCAUGGCGAAAUUCUUCGAUGAUGAAUAUUACGGAGAAGCUGACGAAGUGAAGCCAGAAGGUCUCAGCAAUACAGGGACACGGGGACACUGA